AUGACGUCUCCACUUUCUCUUGAAUAUUUUAGCAAUCAGUAUCUUGCUGGCGAGCACAGAGGAAGGGUUUCUGAGAAAAUGACAUCGAUGCUGGUAUAUAGAGAAACACUUCAUCGGUUCUUUGUUUUGGAAUUCUUUCUCCUGAUUCUACUGCUGAUUCUCGUACCGAAGUCAGUCCUCCGUCUCAGCGGGUCCGGGAGUGUACCAUUCCUACAACCACUUAGAGAUGAAAGGAAACCAGAGACACAUACAGACACGACGACCAGCGAACAGGAGCAAAAGUUCGCCUUCGCGGGAACGAGCAAACCACAGGAGUCGUACACGGGUCCCAGAUUUCACGAGAACACGGACGCGCUCCUCAGACAGGUCGAGAGCGACGUCUACCACACCAGGCAGUUCGUUUUAGCGCAGCUCCGACGAUUGCAGAGUCAAGCAGCAAGCGAAAAUAGGGAAAACUUCGCCAAUGUUAUCGAGGAUGUUAAACAUUAUUUCAGCGUGACGCAAUCCGACCUCUGGAGGUUUCGCAAAGAGUCCGGUCUUCACGCUUGGCAGAAGAGUGAGGCGGAGAAACUUACCAGUCUGGUGCAAAAUCGGAUCCACGCGUUGCAGAAUCCCGCGGAUUGUAAAUCUGCCAAGAAACUCGUUUGCAAUCUGCCUGUCGCUAAGGGACGAGGAAUAGGCAGUCAGCUUCACCAUUUUAGCUACUGCUUCCUUGCUGCAUACGGGACACAGAGAACGCUCAUCGUUAAUGAAAGGAAAUCGAAAAUGGAGUUUAGCACGGGUACCUACUUUCUCCCCCUCAGUGAAAACUGUACCUGCAAUAAUAGGAGCAUUGCGAGCAUUGCGUGGCCAGGCACAAAUGACACCCAUGUGGUUAGUUUCCCCGACACCGACAAACCCAAACCACGGCCGAAUUACUUCCCACGGUCAGUGCCUCGGGACUUCGGCCAGCGCCUCGUCAAGGUCCACGGCGACCCCUUCGCCUGGUGGAUGGGGCAGUUCUUCAAGUACGCCAUGAGGAUGACCGAAGGAUUCCAGGAGUACGUCGAGAAGCUAGGGGCUCGUCUAGGCUUCGAGAGUCCUAUUGUGGGGAUACAAGUCAGAAGAACAGACAAGCUGCGCCACGACUCAAGAUUCAUAGAACUGGAAGAAUACAUGGAGGUCGUGGACGAUUUUUUCGACGACCUGGAGGUUCGAGGGACGAAUGUGACGACUCGCAGGAUCUACUUGGCCACAGACGACCCGGGUGUUCUCCAGGAAGCGAAGAAGUCAGUGUGUCCCUUUACUUGGGGGAGAGUUUGGGGUCAAUUGUAUAUUCAACCGAAAUGUUUCCGGUUGUACACACACAUAGGCCUAUAUAUGUGUAUUUGAGCGUGUAUGUGUGUGUGCAAAC